GUGGUAAUGUCUAUUGAGCAAUACUUCCAACACCUUGCCUGUGCACCAACUUCUCUCAACUUGAUUUGGUUCACAGUGGAAAUGAGCGAACUUGCGAAAGAAUUGCCGUCUAAGGAAGCGAAAACAGGAUUGAUCAAGUCAAUCGCACAUAUUUUGCACGAUGAGAAGUUUGAAAAGAUUCGCGGGGACGAAGCGAUGCUCAAUCUUUUCGAGAUGCUCGCCAAAUGCAGCACGAAAAUUGGUGGAGCUGAGGUUUACAAGCAAGCGUACGGAUUGGAUCUGUUUAAUUAUUACAAAGAAUUCUACUUCCAAUGGGCACACGAGUGUGGGAAGAUAAAAUCGGUCAGCCAAUUUCGAACGGUUUUCUUCUUGGCUCGAUCCCAACUUUUCUACCACUUGUCACCGAUUUCCAUUGAAAAGGAUUUUGAAAAUAUUUUCCAACAGUACUUUGGUAAGCUGUCGAUGCAUCAUUGUCUGGAACGUACGGAAACUCUCAACAAGCUUUUUGCCGGAUGCUCUGUGGAGGAAUUUGCGUCAGCGGAGAAUGUUAUGAGUUUUGGAAACUCUCGUGAACUUUCUGGCAGAAGCGUUGAUGUGCGACCAAACCAUAGAGUUCUUGAAGUGGCUCGCGGAACUAUGAUGAGCUCUUCAGAAAUUUCGCCAAACAAGAGUGACUCAUCAGUUCUGUUGAAUAAAUCGCCGCCAACCAAUUCGCCAAUUAUCAAAUUUGGCACCUACCCGAAGAUCCAUCUGCAAAACGUUUCUAGCUCAAUGCUCAACGCGAGACGUCGACAGCUCACUGCCACAGUCACAACCGUAGAUUCUCAAAAAGGCAAGCCAACAUUUGCAAAUGAAACUUACUAA